AUGCCACAGCCAUUCUGUCAAAAACCACCAGUGAUUGUACCCUUUGUGGAUUGUAUGGAAGUUCUUACUGGUGUUUCGAAAAGCUUUAGUAUUUAUGCGAUGACGAUGUGUGAUCCAAAUGAUGUUGAUAUUGCAGAAUUCGUCAUUACAAGUGGAAUAACUGGUAUGGUAGUUGGAAGUCUAACGAAGUCAACUUCAAAUUCAUCGUUAUCCUAUAGAAAUUUCACUUGGACACCACAAACUAAUCAAAUUGGAUUAGAAGAAUUGUGCAUGAUUGUCUUUACAGACGUACAAUCAGCAGAAUAUUGCAUCACAUUCGAUGUAGUAACAUCGCUUGCGCUUUGUGCACCGACAACAACAACGACUACAACUACGACUGAAUCAACUACAACAUCAAUUUCAACGACAUCAACUACUAAAACUAGUACAACAUCGACAACAUCUACGAGUACAACAUCGACAACAUCUACAAGUACAACAAUGAUACCUGCUGCACGACGUCGCCGACGAAAGAAAAAAGAUGAUGCUACACAACAAUACAAACAUCUGCUAUCAAGUACACAAGAAAUGGCAUAUGCUGCUUCGUCAGAACUUAAUCGAAGCUUUCAAAUAAGCAAACCAAAUAAAAAUUAUCGCAUCUACAAUAUACUAAACAAUAAUGACAGCACAAAAAAUUCGUUCUCACUGACAAAAAUAAAUGGAAGAAUGCCAACAACAACAAUUUAUCCGAGAAGUGGAAAUCAUGUUAGUAUUGUACGAAUAAGUAAAACUGAAUACCCACUCGAAAUUGGAAAUGUACCGAAAGAACAAGCAACAGAGCAUAUCGAUGAUACUACAUCAGCUGCUCAGCCUUCUACAGUGAAGGUUCAAUGCGUAAAAAAUGUAUCAAACAAAAAUAAAAAAAUCAAUCCCGAAGCUAUUCCUCUACAAGAGUUGCGAGUUUCAGCAAUAUCAACAUUCACAAGUGCUAAAGUUACAGUCACUAAAUUACCUCGCAGUAGCACUCUUGAAACUCAACCAAACCAAACCAUCGAUGAUAAAUUGCACGAUCACAAGAAAAAUCAACACAACUUUAAAUUGCCUUUCCACUCUAAAAGUGAUAAUGUUGAAGUCAUACAUAUCAGUACUGGGCAACUAAAAAGUAAUCGUCUUACUUCGUCUAUCAAUCAACGAUCACGAUCAUCGGAUAUUGAUAGUGUUAAUGUUCAGAAAUGGAAAAGGCCAACCGUAACUCCUUCGAAGCCUGAUACGUUUUCAGCAAGUAACAAAAUCAAAGCAUUCACUACACUGGCUGUGGUAAAAAUACCAAAAAACCGUUCUCAAUCGUCAUAA